AAUUGUAGUAAGCCGGGGGCCUUUUGGGGGGCUGGAAACCAGCAGUUCGUGAAUGUGGCGGACUACAACUUCCACUAUCCAUCAUGGGGUUUCGUGGGUGGACAGCGCCCCCGCGAGCCAGUUCCAACUAUUCAUGCGCCCCUCUGACAGCGACGUCUGGAAGCUGGGAGUCUGUCGGCCCGUUGCCUGACGCCGAGUUUCUGCUAGAUCCAUCCCCAUACUUGGGGCGUCUGCAAACGGGGGGUCACUGCAUGGAGAAGGCCCUGGGGGACCCUGCCUUGGAGGAGCCCCUGAGAAUCCCUACCCCGGAAGAGCCCCUAAGGGACUCUACUCGGAAGGAGCCCCUGAGGGAUCCUACCGUGGAAGAGGCUCUGGGGGACUCUGCCCUGGAGGAGGCUCUGGGGCACUAUCAGCGAAGUCUCAGGGAACGUGCCAGCAGAAGCAUUCACCAACUGAAAUGUGCCCUCCAGGAAAGUGAUGUCAUAGUUGGGGAAGAUGAAUUUGAACACGAAGAGUCCUGUAAUGAAACUGGGACUGAGGGGAGUGGGUCUACUUGGCAUGAACUACAUCAUAGUGAUGCAGUUAACCAACUUAAAGCCUUGUUAAAGCAGCAGAACAAUAAGGAAAAUGAAGUAUCCACACCAAGAAGAAGGAAAAUGACAUCCUUGGUGAAAACAUCAGAAAAUGAGAAUGCAAGUUUGCCUGCCAUAUUUGAUCUUGUUCCCAUCAUUAAUGAUCAAUCCCAAUAUACUCAUCAUUUAGAAGCAGAAGUGAAGUUUUGUAAGGAAGAACUAUCUGGGAUGAAAGAAAGAAUACGUGUAGUUGUGCUUGAAAAUGAAAAGCUUCAAGAAGAGUUGAAAUCCAGAUCAACAGAGCAGAAAGCUGAUCAAAUCUGUAUUGGAAAUUCUAGGAUUAAGCCAGUUGAUGAUUUAAGAACAUGUCAAGGAACCAAGUCACAUGUUACUUCAGAUGAUCUAGAACAGGUCAAAUCAACCACUUCUGAUCUGGAAAAAUGGCAACAAGAACUUGAAAGGCUAAAACUUAUUUAUGAAGAAAAGAAUGAAAUAUUAGAAUCUCAAGUCAAGACACUGAGCCAAGACUUGUCUGAGUCUCAGAACAUGUGUGAAGAACUCAAGAAGAAACUAAGGCAUCAAGAAUCUGCCCUUUCAGCUUCUAACUGUGUUGGUGGUCUUUGCUUAAAAUGUUCUCAACAUGAAGCUGUCCUUGCUCAAACUCAUACCAAUUCUCACAUACAGACCAUUGAAAGAUUGACCACGGAAAGAGAUGAAUUAAUGUCUGCGCUAGUUACAGUAAGGAAGACUUUGUCAGAGAUGCAGCAAAUGGAAUCCAGUGCCUAUGAGCAAGUGAAACAGGCUGUCCUGAUGACAGAAGAAGCCAACUUUGAGAAAACCAAGGUUUUAAUUCAGUGUGAACAGUUUAAGACUGAGCUGGAGAGACAGAAAAGUCGAUUUGAAAAAGAGCUUGUAAUUCAGCAAGAGAAACGACUUGGUGAAAAGGAGGCCUUGAGACAAGAGAUGAAAAAAGAACGGGAAGAACUGGGAGCAACGAUGCUUGAAUUAUCUCAGAAUAUGGCUCAACUUGAAGCUCAGGUGGAGAAAGUUACAAGAGAGAAGCUUUCAAUAGCUAAUCAAUUAGAAGAAGCUCAAAAACAACUGAGUUGUCAUGAUGUGGAACUUACAGAGGUGUGUGGAGAAAUGCGCUAUCAGUUGAAUCAAACCAAAAUGAAGAAGGAUGAGGCAGAAAAGGAGCACAGAGAGUACAGAACAAAAACUCUAAGGGAGCUUGAAAUUAAAGACCAGGAAAUAGAGAAACUGAAAUUAGAACUGAAUGAAAGCAAGCAGCGUAUUGAACAAGCACAGCAGGAUGGAGCAAGAGCCAGAGAUGAGUGCAUAAAACUGACAGAGCUGCUGGGCAAAACGGAGCACCAACUGUACCUCUCCAGGCUGGAAAAAGAAAGCAUUCAGCAGAGCUUUAGCAGUACCGCAAAGGCCCAAGCCCUUCAGGCCCAGCAAAGAGAGCAGGAGCUGACACAGAAGAUGCAGCAAAUGGAAGCCCAGCAUGAGAAAGCUGAAAAUGAACGGUUUUCAUUGCUGAGCUCCCAGAAUACAUUUAUGGCAAAGUUGAAAGAAGAAUGCCGUCUGUUAGCCCAGAAAUUGGAAGAAAUCACAGACAAAAGCAGGUGUGAAGUUUCCCAGCUUAAUGAUGAAAACAAAUACAUGACAGACAAACUUGAAAAGCUGCAGAAACGAAAUAAUGAAUUGGAAGAUCAAUGUAUCCAGCAUGGAAAAAUACAUGACAGAAUGAAGCUAAGACCUGAAGAGACAGAGACUGGAGCUAGAUCAGAGAGAUGGCCAGCCUCACCUCCCAACUACCACAUGUCACUUGAUUCUGCGACCACAAGGUUAAACCAGCUGGAUAGGCACUGCCAGUCCACUGCCCAACAGCUGGUUCUCCUCCUCAAGAAGCAGAACGAGCUUUUCAUGGAGCGGCAGACGCUAACGGAAGAGGUGCAGAGUCUGAAAUCCCAGUUGCUGAGCGCACCACAAUCUAAUUGCAGACCUGGAUGAAACAGAAAUAAAUGGUUUGCAAAGAGCUGUUUAUAUUCAUCUGUUCUGUGUCUCCCCAUGCUGCGAUGCAUCACGAAGCUGUCCGUGCCGUGCCUCUCACCAGACUCCGAUGGAGCCAGGGUCGGGUCAGUUUCCCAGAACGCUCCCUACAGUGCAGAUGGACUGAAACUGAAGUCUGAUGUUGGCUAAAGAGUGGGUGCUCCGCCUGGGCCGGUCAGCUCUGGGCACUGCUCUGAAGCUACUUUUGUAAUGAUCACUUGUAUACUCUUAGGGUGUGUGUGAAAUUCAAUAAAAUCGACCUUUUUUCAGCCUCUA